CGUCCUUGCUCACUCCCCGCGCCACGCCCGCUUCAUCCCCGCUACCCAUUCUAACCCAGCAUGAACACGAUAUCGAAUAUGGCGCAGCUUGACUUGCUCGCCGCAGACGUCCCCGACCCGACCGACUUUCCCCCUUCCGAUAUCGCCCCCGGCCUCCGCCUCCUCGACGAGGCCCUGCGAUGUAGCGUCUGUCAUGAGCUCUACGACGCGCCUGUGACGCUCAAUUGUGGACAUUGCUUUUGUUCGUUGUGUGUGCGAAACUGCCUUAAGGACAAGGAAGAGUGUCCAAGCUGUCGGAAGCAAGCAUCGGACACGCAGCUGAGGAAGAACGUCGCGCUUGAGAGUGCGGUGAAGGCCUGGGCUGCCGCGAGGGAGUUUACACUGCGCCUUGCCAAGCAAGAAGUUCAGCGUCUUUCAAAAAACGCGCUGGAAGAGAUCCACCCACGAAAGCGAAGGAGGUCUGCUCGGACCUCGGGAGGCAGCUCGUCGGAUGAGGUUGAGAUUGUGGAAGGGCCCUCGACCCUUGCGAUUCAGAGGAGACAACCCGUUCCGAACAUGAAGAAGCAGCGUUCAAACAAAUCACCUCGCAUACCAGACACGCCCUCCACCCCGCCAACGCCCGGCUCCUCCGACGACCUGAUAGACUGCCCCGUGUGCCAGCAACGCGUGCCCUUCCAGAUCAUCAACCAGCACAUCGACAGCAGCUGCAAGCUCACCGACGCGCCUCCUCCCUCUCCGCGCAAGCCCAAGGGCAAGGCGAAGCAGGAGUGGUCCAAGAUCCUUGGCGGCGCCGCGGCGCUGGGCCGUCGUCCCAACAAAGAGAGGGAUAAGGAGCGCGUCAAGUCCCCGGCGGCCCAACAUGACGACGAGCCAGAGUACCUCCCGACAGUCUCGUACCACACACUCAAGGACAGACGCGUUCAAGAGCUAUUGAACGAACAUGGUCUCCCUACGACGGGUGACCGGCACGCAUGGGUCCGCCGACACCAAAAGUGGGUCACGCUCUACAACGCGAACCUCGACCGUACGCCCAGCGACCGGCACAUGCCCGACCAGCUGCGGCGCGAGCUGCAGAAGUGGGAGGCCUCGGAGGGCGCUGCCAGUGGUGGCGGAUCCGCAGGCCUCGGGAAGAAGAAGGCAGGGGAGGUGACAGACGUCGUGGCGUAUCAGACGGCGCACAAGGCGGAGUUCGCGAAGCUGGUUGAGGCAGCGCGGCCGAAGCGCAGCCCACAGGCGAGCCAGACUCACAACGGGCGGACGGAGGAUGCCAAGAAUGGUACGGGGCAGCGUGAGCAGAGUAAUGGGGACGUGAGUACGCAAGCUCAAGGGGUGGCAGAUCGGUUAGCGGCCGGCUGACAAUGGUAGGGUGAACUACAUCCUCCCCACAAGUCUGGUUAUUUUACGGUUGCCCAGUGGUCUCCUUGUUGUAUGAGUGCUAUAACUUUGCCUUCGCUCAAAGACGUGGACACUCGGCUCAAUGUCCACGAUGAGUGCUGUCUCAUUCAAC